AUGAAUGCCGACAAUGAACUCCACGAGCUGUCACCAGCCGUAAACGAGCGCGCUGAAGGAUGGCAAUCGCCUCAGGAAAUCGAGGUACCUGGUUUGCCGCCCGCAGAUCACGGUAGAGACGCGUGGAUGGCCCUUGUGGCAUGUGUUAUUGUCCAGCUCCCAAUCUGGGGAUUCUCUCUUGCGUGGGGAAUUUUCCAAGAAUACCUCGCAGACGCCGAUAUUCGUGGGGAUAAAGGCAGCAUUGCAGUAAUUGGGACGACAUCAAGCGGCAUCUUGUAUAUGCUCUCACCGAUCACGUUCGCUCUUCUGACCAAGUAUCCACGUAUGCGAGGAUAUUGCGGCUGGGCUGGCGUUUUUAUUUCCGUUAUCGGAUAUACUGCAGCGUCCUUUGCUACCGAAGUGUGGCAGUUGGUUGCCUCAUUGGGAGUAUUGUCAGCUCUUGGAAAUGGCUUGUUAUUUACGCCCACAACACUUUAUCUAAACGAGUGGUUUAUCCAGAGAAAGGGACUGUCUCUUGGAACCAUGUGGGCAGGGAAGAGCGUGUCGGGUGUUAUUUUGCCAUUCAUCGCCCAAGCAACUUUAAAUCGGUUCGGAAUGAGUAAUACACUUCGUGCAUGGGCUGUUCUGACCGCGGUGAUUACUAUUCCACUUCUCCGGUUCAUCCGCCCUCGGCUUCCACUGCCUCCAUCGCACACGCCUCGUCGCCUAGACAUGGGCUUUCUGCGCCUCAGUAGCUUUUGGAUCCUCGAGCUAAGCAAUAUCAUCCAAGGGCUCGGAUACUUCCUUCCUUCCGCCUAUCUAUCAUCAUUCGCUACAAACAUUGGCCUCUCAAGUACUCUAGGAACAUUUUUGCUUUCCUUAUUCAAUGGCACAUCCAUCUUUGGCGGUAUUGUCAUAGGCGUGCUAUGCGAUAGAUUCGAUGUCUCCAACAUGAUCCUUCUUUCAAGUGUAAUGUCUGCCACGUCCGUGCUCUUAUUUUGGGGCCUCUGUCCGAACGAUGGCGGCGCUAGUCACCACCAGGAAGUUGUCGUCAUCGCUCUUCUCUCCCUGUUUUCCCUCACCUAUGGCUUUUUUGCCGGCGGUUUUAGUUCAACCUGGUCGGGGAUGCUGCGAGAGUUGCAGCGGCAGAGUCCUGCGAUGGAUACUGGACUAAUUUUUGGUCUGCUUGCUGGUGGUCGCGGAAUCGGGAAUAUUAUUAGCGGGCCUGUCAGCGGGUUGUUGAUACAGGGGAAAGCUGGAAGUUCACUCUCCGGAGACGGGUAUUCAACAGAGUAUGGACCGUUGAUUUUGUUUACGGGUAUAACGGCUGCAUUGGCAGGGUACAAUGGUGCAUGGAAAAUGAUGAAAAGGCUAGUUUGUUAA